AUGUCUUUGCAAAAGCUAACAGCUGAGCUCUACCAGUCGUUCGAAUCGAAAAAUUACGAGCAAUGUCAAAAAUUAUUACCCCCAAUCAAAAUAGAACUUAUCAAGCAUAACCUCUUGGUACCUACCACGUUAAAUACCGCCACAACAGACCAACUCAACGACUUAAAAAUCGCCCAGAAGAUCUUGGAAAUUGGUGCCUUGUCGUCGUUAUUGUCGAAUUCUUACCAAUCAUUCGAAAACUACUUUGCCCAAUUAAAGCCAUUCUACGAGAGCAUCAAAUUAACCACAUCCUCAUCUACCACAACAAAGAAAUCCUUAUUAAACUCCGAAACCACUAAAAUAGUCUCGCUCUAUUUACUUUACCUAUUAUCGCAAGGUUCAAUUUCUAAGUUCCACAUAGAAUUGGAAACCAUCUACAACUCCAGCCAGUUUGACGCUGAGAAGGAUAAGUACUUACAAUUCCCAAUUAACUUGGAAAGAAACUUGAUGGAGGGUAAUUAUAUUAAGAUCUGGAAGUUGUUGAAUGAAUCGGACUCCAAGUUACCUUGCCAAGAAUACACCCACUUCACUAGCACUUUGAUCACCGCCUUAAGAUUUGAAAUCUCGAAGUCUUUAGAGAGAACCUAUGAUUUCUUACCAAUCAAUAACUGCAAAAGCUUGUUAUACUUCCCACAGGAACAGUCAGACCAAGUAUUUGAAAAGAUCUUGAAAGAAGAGUUGGAAGUUGAAAAUUGGGAAUUUCUCGAUGGGAAGAUCUAUUUCAAUGUUAAAGAUGUAGAAAGCUUAGAAGGAGAGAAGAAUAGUACCACUAUCAUUAAUAAUGUAUUAAGUUAUGCUGGAGAAAUUGAAUCGAUAGUAUAG